AUGGAUGCGAAAAGAGCGCAAACCCGCGAUAUUGAAAGAACAAGCAGCAAUGGUAGAGGAUCCUAUCAUGCUUUUCAAAGCGGGAAACUGCAACGCGGUCUUAAAGGACGACAUAUCCAGUUCAUUGCUUUAGGGGGCACCAUCGGCACAGGUUUAUUCCUGGGUAUUGGCAGUGCUUUGGCCACUUCAGGCCCGUUGUCUCUGUUUCUAGGGUAUUUGGUCACUAGCAUUGCAAUUUGGUCCAUGAUGCAAUGUCUGGGAGAGAUGACCUCCCUGCUACCUUUGCCAGGAAUGAUCGCUCAACUAGGUUCCCGAUUUGUAGACCCAGCACUCGGAUUUGCCAUGGGGUGGAAUCAGUGGUACAACUGUGCGAUCGCGAUUUGCAGUGAGACAUCUGGGGCGGUCAUACUGAUUCAAUAUUGGACUGAUAUCAACCCUGCCGCAUGGAUCUCAAUAAUCCUUGCCCUAGUCAUCAUUCUAAACAUCGUUGCCGUCUCAAUCUACGGCGAGGCAGAGUUUGCAUUCGCCGGCAUCAAAAUCGUAACCAUCCUCGGCCUCUUAAUACUCGCCGUGGUCAUUGACCUCGGCGGCGCUCCUGCACAGCCCCGUCUAGGCUUUCGAUACUGGCAACAUCCAGGCGCUAUGCGCGAAUACAUCGGCAGGGACGCCACCGGUCGCUUUCUCGGCUUCUUCAACACACUAAUUAACGCUGCGUUUGCUUUUGGUGGAGUUGAACAAGUCGCUGUGGCUGCCGGCGAGGCUAGAAACCCUUCACAAAAUAUCCCCAAGGCGAUUCGUCGGGUGUUCUGGCGUCUUCUGUUCUUCUAUGUCUUUGGGGCCCUUGCAGUGGGCGUUUUGGUUCCAUAUGACGACGCGCAUCUCCUUUACGCUAGCAGCAGUACGGCUAAGUCUCCCUGGCUAAUUGCUAUUUCCAAUGCUGGUAUCCGCGUUUUGCCGCAUAUCUUGAACGCUGUCAUGAUCACUUCAGCGGCCUCGUCAGCGAAUGCCAAUUUGUACACCGGUUCCCGUUAUCUCUUUGCUCUGGCACAGCAGGGCCAGGCGCCUAAGAUUUUGUUGAGAUGCACGGAGCGAGGUGUGCCGAUGUAUUGCGUGGCAAUCACCGGCUUAGUUGGACUAUUGACAUACAUGACCGUCUCUUCCGGCGGCGCAACGGUCUUCCACUGGUUUUCCAGCCUAACCACGAUCGCCUAUUUACUCACCUGGACGUGUAUCUGUUACUCACACACUCGUUUUCGACGAGCCCUCAAAGCUGCCAAUGUAGACCUGAACACGCUCCCGUUUAGGAUCCCUCUUGGCCAUGCGCCCUUGCUUGCCUGGGGCUCGAUAGCUUUUUUUUGCAUUGUUUUACUCUUCAACGGCUUUGUGGUUUUCACACACGGGAAUUGGAAUGCUCAAGACUUUGUUUCAGCGUAUGUCGGUCUUCCGAUUUUUGGGCUACUUUACGGAGGCUAUAAAAUCACUAUGAGGUCAAGGAUAGUACCAAUUUCUCAAAUAGAUCUUCUGACGGGGCAGGUACUUGAUGAAGAUGGAGCCAAUGAUGAAGCGUGCUUUACUGGAAGCCAGACCUCCGGAAAGGUUGGGAGUAUAUGGCAAAAAGUUUGGGAUAAAAUGGUCUGA